UCCAAACACACAGCCAUUGUUGAAUCGGCUGCAUGGCGUUGAUUCAGCUUUAUCACCUUAUCCUCCUCUGCUUAUUUCUCCCCUUCUCCGCCUACGCCGACAACCCCAUCGGCUACUACUGUGCCAACCCCUUCAACGCCGGCGCCACCCAGGCCCGCAUCAACACUGUGCUAUCCGACAUCGUCGCACACGCCUCAAUCGGCGGCUUCGCCACCUCCUCCUCAGGUCGUGCCCCCGCCACGACAAUCUACGGCCUCGCCCAGUGCAGAGCCGACGUCAGCUCGCAGGACUGCUCGGCGUGCCUCCAAGACGCCGCCAAGGCCCUCCCGGCGGCGUGCCCGCACCUAGCCGACGCCCGAAUCUGGUACGACUACUGCUUCCUGAGGUACGACGAUGAGAAUUUCAUCGGGGAGUCAGACACCGGCUACUCGCUCAUCCUGUACAACGUGGAAAAUGUGACGGGCGACGGCGACGCGUUCGACGCGGCGGUAGGGGAAGUGAUGAGGAAGGCGCGGGCGGCGGCGGUGGCGCCGGGGACCGGAGGGCUGGGGAGGGAGACGACGGGGUUCUCGCCGUACGUGAAUAUCUACGGGCUUGCGCAGUGCACGCGGGACAUCGGGGAAUUGGCGUGCGGGCAGUGCACGGCGUCGGCGGUGGAGAGGUUUGCCGACUUCUGCGUGCAUCGGAAGGGAUGCCGUGUGUUGUACAGCAGCUGCAUGGUGCGCUACGAGAUCUACCCCUUCUUCUUCCCCAUCGACUCCAAAAGAAGCAGUAGCAGCGGCAGCAACAGCAUCAAAAGCGAAGAUGAAGUUGGAAGCUAUUCCAUGGUCAUUUUGUCACCAUAAAAAAAGUUUAUUGGUUCUAAAUCCUCUGGUCAUCUUCUUGGCUUAAUUCUUCUUCGAUGAUUUUCAUCACUACGAAGAGUGAACAGGGGUCAAAUAACCUUUGUAACUUUGUCAUGUUGUUUACUGGAUCAUCCUUUUUUAUUAAAACCAUAAAAAAAACAUCUAUUUUAA